AUGCCAUCACCUAAUCGAGCUAUCACGGCACCGCUACGUGAAGCACUAUCAGAAUGCUUCCAAUCGAUUAUACCGUUGGUUCGGCCUGAAAUACAACAGCAACUAGUCCUUUAUACCGAAGAUGUCGACAUUUUGGGACCUGCUGAUGCCUUUAUCGAAAUAUGGAACGCGAUUGAGCUUGGUGUUGCUGGCUUUAGUCUCGAAGCUGAUGGAAGAAUCGCGUUUGACUCUAAACAAAAUUUUCGUGUUCGAGUAGAUCUUCUCGAGGCCAGUGAAUAUGUCGGCCAAAUAUACACCACAGCACCAUACUUCGGAGCCUCCCUGGCAUCUAAGAUGGACCUUUUGAGACUAAGAGCGACAACGAUAGUAGAACGCCAAGAGGACGGGGAUAUGGUAGAUUUUCGAUGGUUAUUGGGAGAGGUAGCCAGAGAGGGUGAAAGCCUUCCAAAAUUGAACAAGAGAGAAAUUGGCAAUUUUUUGGUUGUUGGUACACAGAUUGGACAACUUGAUCGUUUGAUUCUGGCCGCCAUUAUGGGUAUGCAUAAUGAAGAUGCAGCUCUGCGGUUACUCGGGCUGCGAUAA